AUGGACAGCCAGAAAAACAUUGGCAGCCCCGAAGAGUACCAGGCUGCUCGAGCUCGUCUUCUCCUGCAGGAGAAAGCGGCAACGCACCUGCUACAGGAGCUCGCCGCGCAGCGCCGUCAGUUGCCCAUGGUGCGCAUCCACGACCCAGCUCGGUUCCAAUUCGAUACUCCUGACGGAGUGAAGACCCUGGUGGAUCUUUUUGAUGGGCGCAAACAGCUAAUCCUCUACCAUUUUAUGCUGAGACCCCAUGAGACUGAGGUCUGCGUGGGUUGCUCAUUCUGUAUGGACCAUAUCCCCGACCUCCGCCACCUGUGGAGCAGGGAUACUUCUUUCGUCGCCGUGGCUACCGCGCCCCUGUCUGAAGUAACCGCCUACGGGAAUCGGAUGGGCUGGAAGUUUCCUUUCUAUAGUUCUGCGAAAACGCACGAAAAGUGGGCCGAAGCCGAAGCACAGGGAGAAAUUAUCACCUGGAAGCCCGGAAACGGCUAUUUUGGCUUAUGUUCGUUCUUGCGCGAAGGUGACGAGGUAUUUCACACCUAUGACACCUCGGCUCGUGGCUUGGAGAUCAUCCUGUCCACGUAUCACCUGCUGGAUAUGACCCGUAUGGGUCGGCAGGAGGCGGGAAAAAAUGGAAUGAACGACUUCCGCCGUCACGAUGAAUACUAA